AUGACGACUACAUACUGGCAGCUUUUUGGUUUCCAGAAGCACCUCGAGGAGCUUCCCCGUGCCCUCGUACAUCCUGCAGGUCAGCAGAACGAGGACGGCGUAGAUGUUGUGCUCGGCAUCCGCCCGAACGGCGCGUCGUAUCUCCUAGUUCCCGAUAUCCGUUAUUACAAUCUUCGCCUAAGCAGACCACGCGUUAGAUCCUCGCCAUGGCCGGGGGACUGUUUCAUCUCGCUGUCCCCCAUACACUUCCCCAGCAUGGCCGCUUUGGACGAGAAGAAAAAGAGCUACGAUUCAAACAAGAAGGACAAGAGGGGACCCCGAGAUCGAUCGAAAGCGAACACCACAUUCACCUCGCUUGGUGACGGCCUCUCGAAAGAAGGUAUCGAGAGAGCGUCGUUUGAACACCAGCGUAUCUUAUAUCACUUGUACCGAGGCGAAAUAUAUGAUCCUCGAGAGUUCGCUCUUGCCACUCUUUCUUGGAUGAAGGAUGCUCGCUUCAUUGCAUUCGCCUUCAACACUUGGUCCGUCGAUAGUCGCGAUUACAGCGAGCGGGAGCGCGAUCCCAAACUGCUGGAUAUCGGAGUGACUGAAUUCCCCCCUCCAUCGGGCAGUCAUGAAUUCGUAGCGCGUUCUAGUGUGCACUUGGUCAACAAUGAGAACCGCUUUCUCAACAACCCGGGCAAGAGACGUAUACCCUUCGAGUCUGGAGAGAGUAAAAUUGUUGAGAGAUUGGAGAUUGCCACACGCGUUCGGGAAUUACUUUUACCAUCUGGAAGCUCCAGGACCCCAUCUCAGGUCCUGUUGUUUGUUCAUGAUGAGCAGAGGUCGUUGGCGCUGUUACGUGCACUUGGAAUAGACACGUCACAGUGGACCUCCGGAUUGAUGUCUUUGCUAUACGGCAAGGACUUCUCCGGCAAACCUGAGCGCGAUCGCUAUGACGAUCGCAGAGUCAGUGACCCGCGGUCUCGGUCACCGCGCCGGAACGGGGAUCCACGUCCACGACCGCGUUCGCGCUCUCCGAGGUCUCAGGCCUCCCUGCGGGUGCACAUAAUCGAUGUGCGCCAGCUGUACUGCGUGCUGAAGCAAGUCGCUCCUCUCGUAGAUACGGUGCGCUCGAAUGCUUCCGAACUGGGUGUGCGAGACAUAAUGGGCAUCAAUGAGAGUGAUGGCACGUUCAAGAUGGCAAAUGACAUGAAUAACGGGCUGUGUGCAGGCAGUGAGAGCAGAUUGCUCGGGUACAUGUGGCACUCCAUGGCCUGCGGUUCUCCCAUAGACGACCAGCGCAUGCUGCGCUGGCAUUCCAAGUUAUCGGAAACGGUUGAGGACCACGCUACGGAAGAGUCGACGUCCAAUGCCAAUGCGAGAGAUUCUGAUGAUGAAGAGGAGAUGGACCCAAAUGAUAUGUUUCAAUCCGUGGCACCCACUCCAUCCGGGAGCUCUGCCCCAGCGAAGAAGAGUUCACUUUCUAUCUUGGAGCCGGGUGGUUGGGAGGACGAGUCGGAUGACGACGAAUGA